AUGACGGAAAUUCGGCCAUCCAAAUCCAGGAACGGCUGCGCGACAUGCAAGGCCCGGAAGGUCAAAUGUGACGAGCAAAAGCCCGUGUGUCUAAGGUGUAAAUCAACUGGGAGGCGAUGCGGCGGCUAUAAUGCCGCCAACUCUCUCCGAAUUAUCCAGCACGUUCCCAUUGGCAAAACACUGCAACAGGUAGGACAACUUACCAAGAACGAGCAAACGUCGGUGGAAUUCUUCCAGCGCUAUACCAUCCCUAGCUUCGGAGCAGAUCUCGGAGCAUGUCUGCUUCCGGCGGCGUCUAGUGAUCCCAUCAUUCAUUCAGUAGCUAUUGCAGUGGGUUGUAUGCACCGCUCUUUCACUUUUCCCAGCACCGGCGGCGAUAAUGGGAGCCAGUUCGCUCUUCGAUACUACAACAAAGCCAUUCGAGAACUAGUACUCGGAGGAUGGCAUAACUCCGUUCGCACUAGCAACACGGUCCUCAUGGCAUGCGUGCUUUUUUUCUGCUGUGAAUCCUUGCAAGGCCGCUACAAGGCCGCUCUGCAACAUGCUGCUUCGGGGCUCAGGAUCAUUCAACAGCAGCAGGCUUUAUCGCAUGCCUCGCCAAAGAGAGCACCUGCAGCCAUCGGUCGUCUAUUCCAUACCUUGGAAAGCCAAAUACUCGAAAUUGAAGGCCCCGUGACGAUUGGAGCAGACAUAUUAUCGUCGGAAGACACAUACACAGCCAGAGAUAUGAUUAGGACCACGGCGAACAGUGAUGGCAUACAACAUUCCUUCGAAAUACUGUACAACAAACUUAUGCGUCUAGACGCUAUAGCCGAAAUCCUGGAAGCACCACUGAAAGACGGCAUGCCGCAAAACACCCCACCGGCAUCAAUGUUAGAGUCCGAACUAAUGAAAAUCCGACUUGACAUGCAGGGGUGGAUGAUCAGGUUCGACCAAUGGAAUGCCAUGGUGUUUGGUAACCAACAACACAGCCCAAAGACAUCCACUACUUAUGAUUCCAUCAUGAUCUUAAACACAUGGAGGGUUCUCAUUAGCAUGUACUUGAGAAUGGACUGGCCCCCAUCUGAGAUGUGCUGGGACCGUUUCACCGCUGAUUUCAUACACCUACUCUCCUUUGCUUCUGCGAUACUGAAUCCUCACGGUUCAACAUACUCUUUUGGCCACCACCCGUCACCAGCAUCAUUAACCCCACAAAAUGAUCUUGGAGUUGUGCUACCUCCCCUUCUUCCCAAACCAUCAAAUGCAGUCAACUCUACAUUCUCGCUCUCGUUGGGCAUAAUAACCCCUCUCUACAUUUGUGCAACUCGCUGUCGGGACUCCAAAAUCCGCUAUCGCGCCCUCAGUUUCCUCUUUUGCUGUCGUCGUCGAGAGGGCUUGUGGGAUUCUGACCUUGCCGCUCGAGUCGCGCAGGAGUACAUCACGAUCGAAGAGAAUGCCGCUGGUAUUACACCGGGUGUGAGUUACCAGGUGGCUGAAAUUGGACGCGAAUGUCGUGUGAGAUCCUUGUCGCCUCGCUUUGAGGAGGGACGACAGGCGAGUAUACGGUGCAUCGUCGACGGGCAAGUUGAUUGCGAGAUGAGAAAGAUUUUUACCUGGUAG